AUGGCCUCAAUAUCCAAGAAUCUCUUAAUUUCUGGUGGCACGGGAUUUGUAGGCUCGGCCAUAGUUCGCGCCUUCGCAGAAAAAUACCCGGCGUGUGCCAUCACCGUCAUCGACCAAAAUCCCCCAAGCGCUGAGCAUGCGCUUCCGAAAGGCGCCUUAUAUCUGCAAGUCGAUAUUACAUCAGUCGAAGGAUUGAAAAAAGCAUUUGCAGCUGUGCAUCCUGAGAUCGUCGUUCACACCGCUGGACUCAUUCCGGGGCUGGCUGAGCGGUUCCGCCGCCGACUGGAAUCGGAGGUUUGGCAGGUCAACGUCGAAGGUACACGAAACAUGCUCAACGAAAGCAAACAGACCGGUGUAGAAGUCUUCAUAUACACAAGCUCUUGUUGCGUGGUGACUGAUGAUACGGUCAAUCCAUAUCCUAAUAUUGAUGAAGAGUGGCCUUGUUCACUUAGGUCGACCAUCUAUGGGGAAUCCAAGGCUGUUGCAGAGGCGCUAGUGCUCAAGGCCUCGAGCAGUGACAUGGCUACAUGUGCCUUGCGACCAUCGGUACUCUGCGGGCCAGGAGACUGCCAACUGCUUCCAGCGAUCCACGCAUGCAUCGCCAAUCAUGAAACCUCCUUUCUGAUUGGUGACGGAUUGAAUCUGUGGGACAUAACGCAUGUCGACAAUGUUGCGGAUGCACAUGUCCUCGCCAUCGAGAAUUUGCUCUCGACUCGCACAGCCGCCGGCGAAGCCUUCUUCAUCCAGAAUAACGAGCCUAUCACAUUUCGAGAUCUCUGUCUGGCAAUUUGGGCACAAUUUGGGCACUUUCCACCCUUUCAAGUGCGUAUUCCAAAGACUAUGGCGUAUAUCGUUGGGUUCGCGUGUGAGACUGUCACCUGGGCGAUGGGUACGACGGCAACUUUGAGCCGUGGGAGUGUCCGAGAUGCAUGUGCCAUUCGAUAUGCCAGUGGCAGGAAGGCCAAAGAGAUCCUGGGGUAUGAGGCCCGCAUCGGUAUCGAAGAGGCUAUCCGUUUAAGUUGCGAGGUAAGUCACAAGGCUCCCACCAUUCCGUCUCUCAAACUCGUAUUAAAGGCCCCAGGAUUACGCUUCUCGUCUCUUAGUUGCUCAACAUCAAACCAUCGAUGCCACAGGGAAAGCAGAGUCCCUGUAAACUUUUGCGGAGAUUCAGAUAGAGUUUCCACGGCAAAUUACGGGGAUUUUCAACCCUGCGAAUAA